AAAGCCAAAUUCAAUAUGCUUACUGCCAGAGUUGCAGUUAUAGCAUAUUGUCUCGUCUAUUGCGUUGCCACCGUAUUGGCUGAGGGUAAAGCAUGGUGGUGGCAGGGUGAUCGCAAGCCCAUCCCUCCAGAGACAAGACUUAGAUGGAUCAAUCCUUGUGGAGUCAAUAAUUAUAAAGCCCCUUACAAGUCCAUCUGGGAGUUUCCUGCUAGUCAAAGAAGAACCGGACAGGAGUGGAAAAGAUUGAUAACGGUCACUCGUCAGUCGAUAGUAAACGCUCGAGAAAGCUUUGAAACUUUUAGACAGAGAUAUGUGAAAGAGACGUUCCAAGUAGAUUUCUUCUCACAUAAUAAGGAAUGGGAGAAACACGACUACAAUUGGCUUCCAAACAUACCCAAGAAACUUGGAGAACCAGUUCCAAGAAAACAACUUGAAAGACCUAUAUAUUUUGAUCUAUUUGUGAAACUGAUGACGCAAUGGUUACAAAUAGUCGAUGUUGGAUUAGAACAAGUUCUGUGGGACUGGAAUUUAGAGACAGACCAAGGCAACCCUAAAUACAAAGAUGCAUUCAAGGAUAUGUGGCAUAAAAACAACCUAGUACUGUGUGAUAUGUGGAAAUAUGGGAAAGACCUCGGGUUGAAUAUACAUGACGUAAAUAGGAGUAUCAUGCCUAACGAGUUCCGUGAUAUUCAAGAUGAGACAACCAGAAAUAUUCGGGACUGGAUAAUAUUUAAGUCCUACAUGAACCUCCUUGAAUAUAUGGCUGACGUUCUUAAAUACUUUUUGGAUAAGGAUUAUGGUCUUUGGUUCGAUCCAGGUUAUUUAUCCAUAACCUCCAAGAUGCGUCCUUCAGGAUAACUCUACAAGACCCUUAGAUAUGCCUUUGUCUAGACCCAAUAAAUACUAGUG